AUAAACCUUCACUGACACUCAUCAGAUGACACACAGAGACAUGUGCAAAAGGCCGGACAGAAAAACUGGAGUACUAAAGAUCCCCUGUACCCAAUUUCACUUCCCCCGGUUUAGGGAUCACCUUAAUAUGAUUUUUUUCAGUUUGAAUUUGACUCCAUCAGAGCGAAUCAGGGGUGGGCUCAUGAAAAGCAUUAUGAUAGUAGCAACGGCGGAUAAAAACUUUCAAAGUGGAGAAACACUAUUUUGUUCAAAAAAGAGAGGCGAAAGCAAACAAAGUUUGAGAAAAGCCAAAUGAAAUCCAAUUUUGAAGUCCGUCGCUCUGCAAAUUUCCAAGAAGAGAAAAAAACAGAAGAAGAGCCUGAAAAAAUGCUCCUGGGUUAAACCGAUUUGCCCACGAUAAUAACUCAAGUGGCUUUUUUUUUUAUUUUUAGGUUUAGUUAGUUGUCGUGGAUGGGCCAAUUAAUUUCGACGGCUAAACUUACGAGCCGUCGAGAUUGUAACCAUAGCCAACGGUCGAAAUCGAAAUCAACGGCUCUGAUCUGUCCGAUGCAAGCUGAGGAAGCGGAAGAGCUUGACCGAAGUAGCAUAUAUGGAUUAUCGGAUUUCAUUUCGGAUCUACCCGACGAGUGUUUAGCUUGCAUUUUUCAGUCUCUUUGUCCCAGUGACCGAAAACGUUGUUCUCUCGUUUGCCGGCGGUGGUUGAGGAUUGAAGGACAGAGCCGUCACCGACUCUCCCUCAAUGCCCAAUCAGAUCUGCACCCUCUGAUUCCUUCCAUCUUCUCUCGCUUCGAUGCUGUCACUAAGCUGGCUCUGAAAUGUGACCGUAAAUCUGUUAGCAUCGGCGACGAAGCGCUUGUUCAAAUCUCGGAGCGUUGCCGGAACUUGACUCGCCUUAAGCUCCGAGCUUGCCGUGACUUGACCGAUGCAGGCAUGUCGGCGUUCGCUAAAAACUGUAGGGGUCUAAAGAAGCUGUCGUGUGGAUCUUGCACUUUCGGAGCUAAAGGCAUGAACGCCGUGCUCGACAACUGUCCAGCUCUCGAGGAACUCUCCGUGAAACGACUUCGGGGCAUCACCGACGGAGCUGCACCUGAGCCUAUAGGUCCGGGGGUGGCAGCGGCGGCGUUGAAAACGAUUUGCUUAAAAGAGCUUUACAAUGGACAGUGCUUUGGUCCGCUUAUUAUUGGUGCAAAGAAUCUAAAAUCUUUAAAGCUUUUUAGAUGCUCUGGUGAUUGGGAUAAGCUUUUCCCUCUUAUAGCGGAUCGGGUCACGGGUAUGGUAGAGAUCCAUAUGGAGCGGAUCCAAGUCAGUGAUAUCGGUCUUGUGGCGAUAUCCAACUGUUUAAACCUAGAAAUUCUUCACCUUGUUAAGACUCCCGAGUGUACCAACGCCGGACUCGGAGCUGUUGCAGAGAAAUGUAAAUUGUUAAGGAAGCUUCACAUCGAUGGAUGGAAAGCGAAUCGCAUAGGUGAUCAAGGAUUAAUCGCUGUUGCAAAAUCUUGCCCUAAUUUACAAGAAUUAGUUCUUAUUGGUGUUAAUCCGACGAAACUGAGUUUGGAAAUCUUAGCUUCAAAUUGUCUAAAUUUGGAACGCUUAGCUUUAUGCGGUAGUGAUACUGUUGGUGAUGCGGAGAUUUCUUGUAUUGCUGUGAAAUGUAUAGCUUUAAAGAAGCUUUGUAUUAAGAGCUGCCCUGUCUCAGAUCAUGGAAUGGAAGCGCUUGCUAGUGGUUGCCCUAAUUUGGUUAAAGUGAAGGUGAAGAAAUGUAGAGGAGUAACUCCAGAGGGUGCACAUUGUUUAAGAGCGAAUAGAGGAUCGCUUGCGGUUAAUUUGGAUACAGGGGAACAUUUGGAUGCGAGUGUCAGUGAUGGUGGUGCACAAGAUAAUGGAGUUGAAUUUCCUCUGGUGGUGGCUGGUCAAAUUGGAGCUCCUAGCAUUGGUUCGAGCAGCACAGGUCGGUCAACAUCGUAUAAGUUGUUGGGGCUUUUGAGUGGGAGGAGCUUAGUGGCUUGCACCUUGCGGAGGUUGGCAAGUAGUAAUGGCAGUUCUCGGAGUUAAUUUGGAUUGGAGAAGGCCAGAAAAAGGGAAAAAAAAAACUACUCUUUGUCUUGAUCUGUUUACAUUAUUUUGUAUUGUAGCAUCGGAUGCCGUUGUUUGUGUAUUUAAUUCAAUGCUGUGUGCCGCUGAUUGCCUUUUGAAUUGAAACUUCAUCUUCCAAAGUGAUAAUUCCUUUUUUACUUUCCUAUAGUUCUGUUGAGUCGUAGUUUCUUAUUUACCAAGCUCUCUCUAUAUCUUUUUUUUGUAUGUUACAAAUAUAUUUUCCUGGAUGGAAUUGAAAGAGCAGCAACCUCGUACAUUAGUUAGAUCUGUCUAUUAUUUGGCUUCGGCUUCUGCUUCUUUUGAUGCCUAUUGAGUUUGAUACAUAUGUCCAUUAGAUAGGAGGUGUGUUUGUAUUGAAAGUACUUGACUGUUCGAUUUUCAGCAUCAAAUCGUUGAAUGUCGAUAAAAUAUUAAUAGAAGU